AUGCCUGUAUCACUAGCAGCCAACAUUCGGUCACCUACGGCUACCAUUACUUCCCUUUCCUUGACCACUGCUGGUGAAUCCAGUUUCUGUGAGCCACCAUCGAAUCCUGAAGCUGGUGAGCAGAGCACCAAGGCCAAGCCGGACACGGCACCAGCUCCCACUGCCCUUGAUGAGCAAAAUCUCCAUAAAUCACAGCCAAACCCUGAAUCCAGUGAGCAGGUCAGCAGUGAGCCCGACACUACAGGUGGACCCAGUUGCCAUAGUCCGCUACUCAACAAUUUUGAGGCCAGCGAUCAGGCAACUCACCCUGUUGGCAGCACUGGCAGCCUCCCUAGCAGCACAAUUGCCGAUAAUACUCCCCUUGUUGGCCAAACUGUUGAUGGCAAGGCUGGCGGGUUUGAUGAUGAUUCCAGAGAACUGAAUUUGAUUGGGGACCCCUCCAGGGUGAACGUGAAUUACCCGGAGCUUGAGGAUGUUGCGGCAGCCAAGAUGGAUCUGAUCAAUUCCUUUGAUGAUCCUGAGGCAGAUGUGUCUCCCCUAGUGGCUGGACGUUACUCAAAGGUGGAAAUUAAGGAGCUAGAUGCUAUUUAUCAAUCCUUCCUGACUUCCAUCAAUGACUGGGCUGAGAGUCGACAUCACACCAUCACCUCCACACUCAAUCAUAUCAGCCUUGCUUUUGCUACCCAUGAACGCCGUGCUUCGGGGAACCCAUGGAAUGCAUACCUCGAACUCAACCCCAAUCCAGAUUCCAGCAUGUGUUAUGACCAGUACAUUCAGAACAUUGCUCGGCCCAACUAUAACAAGCUUACUCAGGAUCAUGGUGGAAAGGGCAGCCAGGGCUGGCAGGCUAAGGACCAGGGGGGGAUGAUAAAGCAGAUUGUCAAGAGCUGGAAGCAGGAUUCUGUUGCAGCACAUUUCGCUGGCAUUCACAUGGCCAUGAUGAUUCUUCCAUCCCAUAAGGCUGCUUCCGACAUGGGCACCUUCGAGUCCAAUUCACCACAUCUGCACCAAUUUAUCACUAGUAAGCUCGGCAAGGAGACUACAUUUAUCCCCAAGCUACACAGUAUAAUUUUGGGUGUUGAUGCACCGGCUACAGAAGCCGUGGGACAGGACAAAUUAAGGUCCAAAUGUCGGGAAUAUUUGUGCCAGAUCGCGGAGCAAGCCAGCAUGCCCUUCAAAAAGAACUUCCAGUGGAACCAGUUCAUUGCUUGUUCAAUCCGGCAGGGGAAACAGCUUAAAAAGAUAGACACCUGGGAGAUGCUGUGGACUUCCUGCACUGGAGCCGAUAAUCAACCUAAGCUUUUCAUACAGUCAAGGCCUUCUGGAAGCGACGUUAUUGUUGUUGCUGUUAAUGAGGAGGCCAUAUUGUCAUCCGGUGAUGCGGGUGUGUUUUUGCAAAAGCUGAAGCGCACUCGAAAAGCCAUAACUCUUGUAGAGGAUUGUGAGGAUGGAAAGAAGGUGGCCAAGCGUCAUAGGGUGGGGUCUGAAUGUGACCGCUUUGCUGGGUCUGCAAAUGGUGAAUCUUUUGCUCCCCAGGAAGAUCGCCGAGUCUCUUCUACUAGUGUCUCGACUCUAGUGGCAGAAGAACCAUUGCCUAGCAAUGCUGGACUUGUGGGGUUCCCUCCCAUCUCCAUCCACAAUCCCGAUAUCUUUGCAUCUCUCCCUGGCCCCUCGAACAGCCUGCCUGCCGGUACUUUUCAUGGCAUGCCAUAUGGACUGGUUUCAACCCCAGCAAUUCCACCUUUCAGCUACCCAUUCAUCCCUCACCAACACCAUUUCCCACCUAUGAUGGGUAUGGAGGUGCCAGACUUUGUUCAACUUUAA